CCCAUGGCGAUGACCUCUGGCAAGGGACAGCGGACGCCGUUCUUCCCCAAGGCAGACGCUGCCAUCCUGUCGUCGAGACACGGGCCACUGCCGACGUAUCCCAAGAACGUCUGGCCCAUCUACGAUCCGGACAACUUUGGCAAGCCGAUUGCGGCAUGGCCUUCAAGCGCAGAGAAUGGCUUCUAUCCUCCGCCGAAGGAAGAAUUCGCGCCAGCAUCGAUCCCCGAGAAGCCCGCCGCCGCGUGUCUCUCCGACCGGUACCUGCGCGCAUUCCUGGCUGAGAAUGAGCGCCUCAGGUGCUGCAUGCUCUGGUACUACACCCGGGACCUGUUCAACGAGACCGAGUUCCUAUCCGGGCUCCGAGAAAAGACUUCUCUGGCGCAGGAGUCGACGGGUUGGGAGUUUGUGGUAAUAGGCAUCCUCGACGUCAACUUUUACAUUCGCCUCGCCUCGAUCGGCCUCCCUCUUGCCAUUCUUCCGCGGGGAGAGACGAUAUGUGCACACACGGUUACUCAACCUCCUGGCAGUGUUUUCUUGCUGCCAAACAUGAUGGAAGAUUGGCGAUUCAGGGAAUCACCCUACGUCGAGUCUGGUGGGUUGAAGGCCUACGCCGGGGCGCCUCUUCGCCUUCAAAACGAAUCGGGCGAAUGCGUCGCCCUCGGGUCGCUCUGCGUCGCGUCGCGGACGAGCCAGGAGCCGUUGACCAGACUGCAGCAGCAGACGCUCGCUCGCCUGGCCGACUGGGUCGUGUCCGACAUUGUGCAGUGUGCGAGGGCGAGGCGGCAGCGUGAUCGUCGUCGGAUGGCGGAACUCAUCUCUGCGGCACAGGUAGAGUCAGACAGAGCAGUCUCCGAGGAGCCGGUGUUGCGUAUCCUGAGAACAAUGUACUCGGAGGCGACGGUCAGCGUGCAGCCGUCCAAAGGGGACCAUGUCGAUAUUGACAGCCAUGGUCUGAUACCCGUCGAGGAUCUCGAAGACGGACUGUGGGAAGAUACCGACUAUCUCGACGACUUCAUUGCCAACUCGAACAACCAGGACCUUCCGUCAACGAGAGCAGUGCGCGCAAUCACCGCCCCGUGCGAGAGCGUUUCGGGGCCCUCGUUCCUCGUCGUUGCCUCGAGGGACUUCCGGCUGGUGUUUGACGAUGUCGAUUCCUGGUUUGUCCAGACUUGCGCCAAUAUGGUGUCCCAGAUAUGGCAUAAGCGCCUCCUCGCCGAGGCAAUGAAGGCGAAGGAAAAGUUCCUUCGGGGGUUCUCUCACCAGCUCCGAACCCCGAUACACGGCAUCCUUGGGUCAGUGGAGUUGCUCGCCGAGGAUCUGAUGUCCCGAACACUGCCCGACCUGAACUCCUCCUCAACAAAGUCUGGCGAAUCAACCAUCUAUCUCGACUCCAUCAGGUCAUCGGGGCGAGAUCUAAUGUCCAUAGUCAACAGCAUGAUUACACUGAACAGAUGGGCGGAUAUCGCCAUAACGAAUCGGAACUAUGCGACGCACACUGCAUCAGAACUUGAAGCGGAGCUCGAAAGCGGCAUACUCAAGGCAACCUCGGGCGACACGCUUUCUGGCGCCUCGCUAUUCUUCGGCCGCGACAUGCCGCGAGAUCAUGACAGCUUCCGUAUAGACCUCGACCUACUUCGAGAUAGCUUACUCCCGCUCAUCCUCAACGCCAUCCAACACACCUCGCGGGGCGUGGUGGCUGUGACAGUGUCACUGCGUCCGACUGAAAAGGAGCUCGUCGUCGACGUGGAAGACACGGGCUGCGGCAUCGAUGUCGCUGACCAACAGCGAAUAUUUGAGCCUUAUGAAAAGGCUCAAAUGCACUCGGCUGGCGCUGGGUUGGGGCUGACCCUCGCGGCCAAGUUCGCAACACUGCUCUAUGGAUCCGUCGCUCUGGUGUCGUCAGAAGUUGGUCGCGGCUCGCAUUUCCGAGCGAUAUUUCGAGAAGUCGAGUGCGCUCCCUCGCCCAUCUCAUCGCCUGAAAUUUCUAAGAGCCUCAGAGCCUUGCCCUCCAAGUACUACAAUAUGUCAUCACAGUCGGACAGCGUAUUAUUGUGCGAUCACUUUACGCGUUUCCUGACCAGCCACGGCUUCACUAAUUCGGACAGCAUCGAUGACGAACACUUCGUUGUCCUUGAUUUGGAAGCCGAUCCAGAGAAGCGUCACUCCCAACUGUCGCAAAUUCGCACCGACCGUGUCGCUGUCUGUCUAGUACCAUUCGCAGAAGGAGAGAGCCAACCGGAAGAGACAUCCGACAACAUAAUCUACAUUGGCGGUCCGUUUUCCACGUCGAAGAUGAUUUCGGUACUGGAAGAGGCGGACAGACGGCAGUCGUCAUUGAAGACACAGCGCGAACCGCAACUUGACAUGGAUGAAAGCCUACCGGCUCCUCCCAAUGCAGCCACGGGUCCAACCACAAACAUGGAGACAAAGACAUUGGUGCUAUUACAAAACCCGGUGCCUCAAGCGGGUGCAGACGAUGCUCCCGGUAUUGACGGUGUGGUGUCGUCGAAGACUAUAAAGGAUGUAGAGAUUGCUGCAGAAUCAGCACCCACUGCUCCUAUACCCCCAGCUCUUGCAGUGUCGAAACCGGCGGCACUGCUUGUGGACGACAACGUGGUCAAUCUACGCAUCAUGCAGAUGUACUGCAAAAAGCGAGGACUGCCGUACUGUUGCGCAGCCGAUGGCAAACAGGCCGUGGAAAUGUUCACGAAACAACAGUCGUUGGCUGCCAGCGGUGACGGACCAGGGGUUCAGCUGAUCCUCAUGGACCUGCAAAUGCCGGUCUGCGACGGCUUCGAAGCCACGCGGCAGAUAAGACUGCUGGAGAAGCAAAAUAAUUGGAAGACGUCUGUCGUGUUUAUCGUGACUGGCCAGGACAGCCCGAGCGAUCGGAAGGUUGCGGAUGAUGUGGGCGCUGACGAUUACUACGUCAAGCCGGUGGGGAUCAAGGUGCUUGAUCGCGGUGUGAAGCAAUAUUUCCCGGCGUUUGAGGUUUAGAGCGUAUACGACUGGACGUACGAGUAUGAUACAUGUAGGGUUCAGGAUUUUCAUAGCGAUGAGGCGUCGGACGGCAAGUCCCGGGUAUUUGUUUUUGUAGCGCAGUGGUUACGGGUUCUGAUGGGUGUUCUGUUCUCAACUUCUCACGCCAGGACCCGUGGGUGGCACGCAUGUUGCUCGAUGUCUACAUGGUCUUUGUGCUGGAUCAUUGAUAUCUGGUGGCAUCAACUCAAUCUUGGCUCAAAAGAUGAAUCCAAUUCAACAUUGUGACGGUUGCCCAA